UUCAAUGCAAAUAGUUCGUUCGAGAAGGAGAAAAUAUUGCAAUAAAUUUCAGAUAGUUUUAAUAAUUGAUAUGAGAAAAAUAAAGUGCAGAAAAAUAUAAAAUUUAAAUUUUAAAAAUUGCAACGGAAAUUUAAAGAUACAAACGAUUUUUUUUUAAAAGCCGCGCGAAGAUAUCAGUGAAAAAAUGGGCGUUGAUGGAGAUACAAAAUAUCAAUACUUAGCGGGCCUGUGUGUCAAUAUUAUAGCAAUAGCGAAUGGUGCUUUUUGUGGUUGGCCAUCAGCAUCAUUUCUGGAAUUGCAAGCAGCGGACAGUCCCUUAGAAACAGGUCCCAUGACAAAUAAUGAAGCUGGUUGGGUAGGUGCCAUGUUUUGUGUGGGUGGGCUGUUAGGUACAGUCAUAUUUGCUUGGGCUGCGGAUAAAGUAGGACGUAAACGUUCUUUGUUGUUAACAGCGGUACCCUCUUUGAUUGGUUGGGUUAUAAUACCCUUCGCAGUAAAUCCUACACAUUUAGCUAUAUCCAGGCUUUUUGGUGGUUUAACAAGUGGUGGAAUAUUUGCUGUCAUUCCCAUUUACAUCACAGAACUGGCGGAGGAUAAAAUUCGCGGUAUUUUGGGUACUUUCCUAGUCUUUAGUUGCAAUGCUGGAGUCUUGAUUGCUUUUGUAGUUGGAUAUUAUUUGAACUACAUACAAACUGCUUGGUCAAUGUCAAUCUUAACUGUAUUAUUUCUUAUAUCUUUUGUCUUUUUCCCAGAGACACCAGCGUAUCUUAUGAAUCUAAGUAAAGUAGAGAAAGCAGAACAGUCAUUACGAUAUUUUCGAAAUCUUCGUAGUGCCAAUGCAGACACAAAGGAGGAACUGAAAUUUGAAUUGGAAAAACUGCAUAAAAUCGAAAAACCAGAGAAGGAAGAAAGUGAGGCUAUCACAUGGCAUGAUUUUACUAAUCAUACCGCGCGCAAAGCAUUUUUGAUAGGUUUUGCUUUAAUGGCUCUUAAUCAGUUAUGUGGUUGCUUUGCUAUGAUCAACUAUACGGCCAGCAUAUUCAAACAGGCUGGUUCCAAUUUAACACCAAAAUUCUCUGCAAUCGUUGUUGGAGUCAUACAACUUUUUGGUUCUUAUAUGUCAACGGUGCUAGUAGAACGAGCAGGGCGUAAGUUAUUAUUGAUCAUAUCAGCUGUGGGCACAGGCUUGGGCCACGUUUGUUUAGGUAGUUACAGUUAUCUAAAUAUGUUGGGUUAUGAUACACAGGCCUACAAUUGGAUACCAGUAGCUAGUUUUUCUUUCAUUAUCUUUAUUGCAUGUUGGGGUGUACUAACAUUGCCAUUUUUGGUGGUCUCUGAAAUAUUGCCUCCUAAAAUACGUAACAUGGGCAAUAUGAUAUGUAUGGUGGUAUUGUGGAUUAUAUGUUUCUUCAUUUUAAAGUACUUACCAACAAUGAGCGAAGUAAUGGGAAUGCAUGGUAUGAUGCUGUUCUUUGGUAGUAGCUGUUUUAUCGGUGCUGCUUUCAUAAUAAUAUAUGUACCAGAAACCAAAGGAAAAAGCAUCGAAACAAUUCUAUCAAUGUUGUAAUACCAUGAUUUAAUCAAAUGGUGGUAUUUUAUUCUCAGACUUUUAUAAAGAUUUUCAUAUGAUUUUUA